AUGCCCCACCCCAGUCUUGUCGGUGAGGCGCAGUCGAUGUUUGUCGGCACAGGCAUCAUGUUUGACGAUGCGCAGAAACCGCGCCCUGUAAUUCGUGUUGGCUCGCCUGGCGAAGUAGGUGAUUUAGUGAUCUGCGAUUUGAUUUUCACGACGCGGGGCCCUGCGGCAGGUGCGGUCGUGGUGGAAUGGAACGUACGCGAAAAAACGCAGGGCUCGGUGGCCAUGUUUGACACACACAUCCGCAUCGGCGGAACGCAAGGCACAAACUUGGAGUUGGAUACGUGCGGGAAAGACAAGCCUUUGCACGAGCUUCCACGGGCGAGCUUUUUGAAUCUCCACCUGACCAAGAAAAGCAGCGGGUAUUUUCAAAACGUCUGGAUUUGGACGGCCGAUCAUGAAUUAGACCAAGGCGCGCCAGAGCAGCUCAACAUUCUCAGUGGUCGUGGUGUGCUUAUUGAAUCACAAGGCCCCGUUUGGAUGUACGGUACUGCCAGCGAGCACCAGCUGCUUUACCAAUACUCCUUGGUAAACGCACACAAUGUGAUACUCGCCAUGAUCCAGACAGAGUCACCCUACUUUCAAGGACAGCACUUUGCACCUGCAUCAGUGUGCGAAGUGCGCAGCAAAUCUUACCCCGACCCAGACUGUGCAAAGCGCUAUGAUUCACAAGGCGCAUACAAUCAGGAACAGGAGGAUCGCGCUGUGGGGUUGCACAUUGAAAAUUGUCAAGAUAUUUACGUGUAUGGAGCAGGGAUGUAUUCAUUUUUUGACUCCUAUGCUCAAGAUACAUUGCCGGAGCAUGCAUGCCAGCGGCGCUUGUGUACAAUUGACGAUGGCCACGGAGAGUCCAGCAGGAUUUGGAUGCUGAACAUGGCUACCGUUGGAUCGGAAAUUCUAUUAUCCGUUGACGGCCGCGAUUAUUAUCCCGAGAAGCCUUUCCGCGAAGGGUUCUGCAGCACAGCAACGAUGUGUCUGAUCGAUAGCACAGCGCAAGAAAAGAUAGCGGUACUCUAG